AUGGACUUUACGAUUUCGCUCGCACACUUUUGCGAAGUCCACGGUCCUACCUCCAUCAUCUGUACCCAAGCAUCCACCUCGCCCUGCGGCUCCUGCAACCCAUGCGUCACGCCCCCGUCCGAUGAGCCCCAUUCGGCCUGCUCUUAUAAUGGCCUGUACGACCAGCCCACCUCCCUCAAGCUGAACCCGCGCGCCCCCCAACUCAACUCGCCCUUUGACUCGCCGCCCACCAGCCCAAACUCGCCCUCACAUAACCCAUACUUCCCCAGCUGCUCCUCGUCGUCCGCUGGCAGCAGCUUUGGCGGAAGGAGACCUAGCAGCACCCUCGAAUCAGACUCGGACGUAUGCGAAAACUGCCAGAUGGUAGUUCCCCAAAAGUACAGCGACAAGAUUCCCAACGGCGCCCCCGGCAGCCCCACCAAAGACGGACGAGGAAGGAACGGCAGUCCCGUGUUACGCAGCUCACAAAGCUAUCCCGUACGACGCCCUAUUUCGCGCGAUGAUGUCAGCAGUACCGAUUCGUCAGACGUCUCCGACACCGAACAGUCGGCUUCCUUCCAGAGUGGCAACUCGAGCUUGUAUCCCGACUCGGUACCUGCCUCGCCCUCUCUUAGCUCAAGAAGCAUCCACACCCACACCCUCAACUACAUCUCCACCAGCCAGCCACAGUCGCCCAGCACCUACUCUCUACUGCGACGCACCUGCAUCCGAACUUUGUCGACCGAGGUCCUCCCCCUCAGCAAGCCCUCUGGUCCCAUAAUGUUUGGAGACUCGGUCGCCGGCUACACUAUUGCCUACGUCUUCCGUCUGCAGGAUCCGCGGUCGCGAGGCGCUAAGCGCACCUAUGCGCUUAUUGCUAUGGCCGGUCGCGAUUGUCGCAGAGCCACAAAGGCCAUGGUCAAGAUUACCGAAGCUUUCGAGGGCAUCGCCAACAGAAUCAUUUCGCUGGCCGAUAGGGUUCUUGAGCGCGAGAGCGCAGCCUCGCAGAGCAUACCGCGUCCAGCAACGGCCGUACCCGGAAGCACUCCUCCCCUUGGCACUUCGGCGUCCUCGACAUCCUCGACAACCUCACAGCUCUUAUCGUCUCAGAAAGAGAGGACCUCGUCGACCACCAGUGCGCCCAGUUUCCGCAACAUCACUCCCGUCUCUUCUUUCUUGUCUGCCAAAAAGCUCGACCCCGAUGGCUUCCCUCGUGUGUCUCGUGACGUGAUGAAGGCCAAGAGCCUGAUUGAGAUUGUCGGCCAGGAAAACUUCUUCGUCGACCUUCACACCCUCUUCUGCCGACUGCUACACUCUUUGAUCAAGCAGUACGGAUAG